UCAGCCAAAAUACAAUAUCUGUCAGCCAGAAAUGUCUACACUAAAUAUUUGGUAUUUUGCAGGAUUGGUCUUUGUGGUUUUGAGAAUCCCAUGCGAGAUCCCAGAACAGAAGAAAUUAGACGACACAUUGGCCAUGGUGUCAAGGUAAAGAUGGAUGAUCAAGGCAACAUCCUGAUAAAGCGCGUGUCGAAGGCUGCCGUAUACGUCAAGAUGGGUAGUGACGAUAAUGCCAUCAGCAAUGAGAUCCUCAAGUUACCUAACUGUGGCCUUGAAACUGAAAAACCUGUUAUGCUAUUCGACAUGAACAAGUUCCAGCAAAAUGUAAAACGAGAGAUGCGUCGGCAGUACCCUGACCGUUCCAAGUUGGAGACUCAGUGUGUUUGUGUUAUUGCCUUUGUUAAGAAUGAACCCGACCUUCUCGACUGUCCCAUCUGGGUUAUGAUCAUCAAUAUUGUGGCUAUGGACAUGCUCAAGAGUAAAUUCCCUCCAGUCAAGGUAGUACCGAACAUCAGGAACCGUCCUCGUAUUCCACUCCCAGAUGAAGACCCAUACAGUGUAGCAGGCUCAGGUGCAUCCUCUGGGUCUUCAGGUAAAGACCGCACGGGUAAGGACAAGCCUCCCAAGCUACCUCCAAGGGACAGUCCCAAUUACCCAAAUCCAGGUCCACGAUCCAAUGGCAAAUCUGACUAUGAUGCUCUAGAUGAAAAUGCCUUCCGUAAGCUUCAUGCUCGCAACAAUAACAACAACAAGACAAAGGAUCGUAAAUAUGAUGAUCCAUACUACUGUGGCCUCCGCGCUCGCAUUCCCAACUUCGCUAUGUCCAAGUCGAAGGAUAAGCAAGAGCCUGGACGUGCCCAGUACCCCAACGGGCCACCUAUUCCCGCUCACCCCAUGUGGCACACCCGCAGCUUCGAUUCGGGCAUGGCUCUUUUGCAACAGAACCAAGCGCAAAAUAUUCACAGACUAGAGCGGAACCCCUGCUCGUGGGUGCCAUCAAUACCAGUGAGGAAUGACUCUGACUUCACUGAGUCUGCCUACUCUCAUAUCUACGGCCGUCUGCCCCUUCCCAACAGGGGAUAUUUGCCACCACCUCUACCCCACCAACGCACCAUGUAUGUAGGAGAGUGGGACUGAAGGAGUUCUCCCAAGCAUCUGUAGGGUGUGACUUGGGCCUCCAGGAUCCCUGCUUUUCAAAUGCUGCUUGGGAUGUAUGAUGCAAUGACAUCUAAAACAGGUUUAUCAUAUGAAUUGUCCCAGCAUUCACUCAUCUUCUUGUCUGUCUGAUUUUCCAACUGAAAAUUAAACUGACUUGAAUAGUGUCCUGUGUGUGGGAUUUAAAGAGCACAUGUGAGAAUUGUUGUAUAAGGACUUAAUGUGUGAACUCUCACAGAUAAUGUACUUUCACUCAGUGAGCCAAUGAGCAAUUAUAAGCCUCUAACACUCAAUGUCUCAUUUUCUGUACUGUACAUAGGGAAAUGAGCCUUGUAGACAUCAAGAAACUAGGCUUGCAGUUGAUAAGUUCCCAGUCUUAUCACAUUAUAUCAGUAGGAUU